AUGAAAACACAGAAGAAACCAGACAAUGAGAGGCAGGCCAUGGCCCAGUGUGCACAAGAGCUGAUGGAACAACAUGGCACACAAGCCGUGAUACACCCGCGGGUGCAUGGGGUAGGAUUCGGACGAGUCCACUCGCCCCCGGCUUUGCCGCCUAUGGAGUUACUGAUGUCCGGAAUCUCAAAUGGAUCCGGACUGGUCCCACCCCCUCCAGCGCUGCCACCCAUGGAACUUCUGAUUUCCGAAAUCUCGUUUGAAUCCAGACGAGUUCUCUCAGGCUUCUCUGGGCAGGAAGUCUCCCAGGCGUUACCUGGGCCACUGCUGGAUCUGGUUGGUGCUGGUGCCAGGCAGCCAGUACCGGAUCCAAACAGCCAGUACACUGUCAUGACGAUGUACCCCACGCAGGGGUCAAACUUGCCUCAGAAGAAAGCUCGGCAUGACGAGGGCGAUGGACACGGCACGACAGAAGUCGGUGUCGGUGCAAAAACAACCAAGUUCCGCACAAACAUCCCAGACCCCCCGCCUUUGCCAGAAAAGUUUUUUGUCCCAAAACCGUAUGUCCAACACAAGGGCACCUUUGGACAUGAGAUAGCGCAGAAAGUGGACCGUUUCACCCAGCGGAGGGAAAUGUCCUUAGAGCUCCACAUCGCGAGAAGGGAUUCAACCGAUUUACUCCUCGCAAUCGAGGAAAACGCGUCGAAGUUUUCCCCGGAGGAAGUUGAGGAAAUGAGAAAAGAAGCAGACGAGGAUAUUGCCAAAAUCGACGCGUGUCUCAACCAACUGCUGAUGUCGACCUCAAUGAGGAACUUGGUUGAAGACUCAGGGUCAGUGGUUGAAGACUCAGGGUCAGUGUGUUCUGAAGAGUUACUCCCCGUGGAGAUCGUGUCUACGGAUGACUCUCAAACAGAUCCACUGGCGAUAGAAUCCAACAGUCAGCUGACGGUUCAUCUGUAUCGCCAGUCCGAUGAUUCGCAAUCGACAGAGCAAAACCAGCUCAAACUGUGCCAGCACGCCGACCGCGGUGAAAGCGCCUGGCACCAGCGUGACAACCACUACCAGGUCGUGCCCGGGGAGAAGACACCGUGCUGCCUGGCGGACCACGCCCAAAACUGGAGCUACAAGCCUCCGAGAUUCAAGUGCGGCAGUUGUGACGAAACCCUGCUCAUGAAGUUCCAUUUGGAAACGGACAGUGAGGGGGAAGAUGAUGAUGAGGAGAGGCACACCGAAGUCCCCGUGCCUAUCUGCCGCACCAAAAAGCACCAGCAUGAUCAUACCUGGACGUACGAUCCCCCAAGAAUGACAUGUAAGUCGUGCCACGUAAAAGCGGUGCUGAAAAUGCACCUGAAAAGUGAUGAAGAAGAUGAGGACCCUGCCGAGAGGCCUGUCCCCAUCUACCAUAGGUCACCGCGCAAGGAUCCUCGCACCCAUCCCCGUCUGGUACAGUCCCGAUCGGACAACAAAGCCUCGCAGAUUCCGCUGGUUAGGAAACCAAGUAAAACCAGCGAGCGGAAGUAUCUUUACAGACAACCGGGGGAGAAAGCCUAUUCGACCCCGCAAGCAUCUUCACGGAAGCUGCCGGAACCGAAGGUGAUCGUGACGCCAGAGAUGCGGCGCCAGCCUGCGGCUGAGGCGGUGUCGGUGUCAGGAGCGGCAGAGUCGUCCGCACGCCGCGGUCGGACUCCGUCGGAAAACGUGGACACGCGGACAACGGAUGGUACAAGUCCGCCUGAAUCCACAGCUGCAAAAGCUGACAAGCAGUCAGUAAAGGGCUCGGCUGAGCCUGCUGCUCAAACACAGAAGGGCACUGUGAAGGGAGGCAAAAGGGAGAAGACUCAAAAAGAGUACUCCCAGAAAGUUUGGGAAGCCCUUGUUGGCGACGACAAUGAAUGGGGAAGUCCCAAGACAAAGGCCACCCCGCCCAAGGAUGCUAAGAAGCCUUCUACUGCAUCUAAAGAUGUCGGGGCAAAGAGCACACAGAAAGGAGCAAAAGCGCCACGAGUUCUCUCAGGCUUCUCUGGGCAGGAAGUCUCCCAGGCGUUACCGGGGCCACUGCUGGAUCUGGUUGGUGCUGGUGCCAGGCAGCCAGUACCGGAUCCAAACAGCCAGUACACUGUCAUGACGAUAUACCCCACGCAGGGGUCAAACUUGCCUCAGAAGAAAGCUCGGCAUGACGAGGGCGAUGGACACGGCACGACAGAAGUCGGUGUCGGUGCAAAAACAACCAAGUUCUGCACAAACAUCCCAGACCCCCCGCCUUUGCCAGAAAAGGUUUUUGUCCCAAAACCGUAUGUCCAACACAAGGGCACGUUUGGACAUGAGAUAGCGCAGAAAGUGGACCGUUUCACCCAGCGGAGGGAAAUGUCCUUAGAGCUCCACAUCGCGAGAAGGGAUUCAACCGAUUUACUCCUCGCAAUCGAGGAAAACGCGUCGAAGUUUUCCCCGGAGGAAGUUGAGGAACUGAGAAAAGAAGCAAACGAGGAUAUUGCCAAAAUCGACGCGUGUCUCAACCAACUGCUGAUGUCGACCUCAAUGAGGAACUUGGUUGAAGACUCAGGGUCACCGCGCAAGGAUCCUCGCACCCAUCCCCGUCUGGUACAGUCCCGAUCGGACAACAAAGCCUCGCAGAUUCCGCUGGUUAGGAAACCAAGUAAAACCAGCGAGCGGAAGUAUCCUUACAGACAACCGGGGGAGAAAGCCUAUUCGACCCAGCAAACAUCUUCACGGAAGCUGCCGGAACCGAAGGUGAUCGUGACGCCAGAGAUGCGGCGCCAGCCUGCGGCUGAGGCGGUGUCGGUGUCAGGAGCGGCAGAGUCGUCCGCACGCCGCGGUCGGACUCCGUCGGAAAACGUGGACACGCGGACAACGGAUGGUACAAGUCCCCCUGAAUCCACAGCUGCAAAAGCUGACAAGCAGUCAGUAAAGGGCUCGGCUGAGCCUGCUGCUCAAACACAGAAGGGCACUGUGAAGGGAGGCAAAAGGGAGAAGACUCAAAAAGAGUACUCCCAGAAAGUUUGGGAAGCCCUUGUUGGCGACGACAAUGAAUGGGGAAGUCCCAAGACAAAGGCCACCCCGCCCAAGGAUGCUAAGAAGCCUUCUACUGCAUCUAAAGAUGUCGGGGCAAAGAGCACACAGAAAGGAGCAAAAGCGCCGCAAGCUGGACAAACCGGAGACCAAACAGCAAAAUUGACGCCUACGAAAAUUCCGCAACAGAUCAAAGAUACUGCUGUUAAGCGGAAAGAUCCCAUAAUGGGGACAACUGCACUGUCCGAAAAACGGACCGAGGUAAGGUCAACAGACAAGACCGCGCACCCUCCGACGAAAAUUCCGCAACCGAGUAAAGGAACGGAUGUCCAGCGGAAAGUUCCUGUGAUGGGGACAACUGCACUGUCAGCAAAACGUGCCGACGUGCAGUCAACAGACAAGACGUCUACAGAAGACAAGCAAGCCGCGCACCCACCCACGAAAAUUCCGCAACCGAUUCAAGUUACGGCUGUUCGGCGGAAAACCCCAGUGAUGGGGACACCUGCACUGUCAGCAAGACGAGCAGACAUGCAGACAACAGAAAAGCAGACCGCGCACCCACCCACGAAAAUUCCGCAACCGAUACCGAUUCAGGUUACCGCUGUUAAGCGGGAAACUCCCGUGGUGGGGACAACUUCCCUGUCAGCAAGACGUACAAACUAGUCCGAAGGAGUCCAGAACAGACCGGCAUCUACGAAGAGUACACAACCGGCUAGGGACUCCGCCGAUAGGCCAAGGACUCCCCUGAAGGAGUCUGCUACGGCCGGACCUUCAAGCGCCCAGACCGGACCGGCCGCCCAGACCACACCGACGGCAGGACAGUUCAGGGCACAGACCGAAUAUAAACCCCCCGAGCGUAAACGUCCGGACGCAUGGGUGUCGUCUGGGAUAAAGAAGUACACUGAUGAAGAAAGAGCGAAGCUCGAUGCUGAAGUUGACGAGUACUGGGGUAGAAGGUUCUCCAAAGACCGUGAAAAGCCAUGGUGGAAUAUUGAGGACCCAGAAGAACGUGAGAGAGCACGGCUCCGCCAGGAUCGGUCUAAGACAGACCUCCGGCGGACUGGGUCCGGGGUGGCCGCAGCCAGCUACAAACGGCCCGGCAUCCAGGAACAAGUGAAGUACGGCGUGGAUCGGUCACCGGUCAUGUUGCCGGGGCACUACGGGACGGCAACAGGCGUGUCCAGAGCGAGCAGGCCGGGCACGGGACUGGUUCCGAAGAAACUGGAGAUGGACUUCUUCGACUCGUCAGAAGACAGUGAAUACGAGAUAGACUUGGACAAGCCCAUCUCAAAGGAGGAUCUACAUGACGACGAGUACUGGAUGGCCUUGGAGAAAAAGGCGUACGCUAUGGUAAAGGCCAAUAUGGAGCAACUGGAAACGGGGCAAUUGGAAACGGUCGACGAAGAGUCUCCCGUAGACGAGAAAAAGGUACAGGGAGCUUCGCCAACCGUGAAGAAACCCUCAAAAUUCGCUCGCAUGUUCCAGUCAAGGAAAGAAAGGGAGCAGAAGAUAGAUAGGGAGGCGAGAGAGAUGGCGAUGAAACAGCAGGCGGCAAAGAAGCAAGAUACAGUCGAGCACAAAUCGGACCUCCCGAACGGAAAACCGGUCUUUGGCCCGCCGCUUCCUCCUGAAAUGCAGAGGGAGAAGGAAAAGAAGAAGGGCCUGACGCGCUAUGGGCACAAGGGAGUGCCUACGCUCGCCAUCAUGAAAUCAAAAGAGGAAGAGCCAAGCACCUCUCAGAAGUCUGGCGGCAAGCUAACCCCCACCAAACUAGUCGGCAAAAUCAAAGGGGGCUUCACAAGGGUCAAGGAUUCGAUUCGAUCGAGGCUAUCGGGAGAAGAGAGCGACACGAGUGAAUGA